AUGGACGGGGGGUGCCAGGUGGGAGCUGGGAUGGAGCUGGGAUUGUGCCAGGUGCGGGCAGAUCCCGGGCGGAUCCCUGCGGAUCCCGGGCGGAUCCCGGGCAGAUCCCGGGCGGAUCCUGGGCAGAUCCCGGCUGAUCCCCAUGGAUCCCGCGGAUCCCGGGCGGAUCCCGGGCGGAUCCCCGCAGAUCCCAGUGGAUCCCGGGCGGAUCCCGGGCGGAUCCCCGCAGAUCCCCGUGGAUCCCGGGUGGAUCCUGGGCAGAUCCCGGCUGAUCCCCGCGGAUGCCGCGGAUCCCGGGCAGAUCCCGGGUGGAUCCCAGGCGGAUCCCGGGCGGAUCCCGGCGGAUCUCCGCGGAUCCCGGGCGGAUCCCGGGCGGAUCCCGGGCGGAUCCCGGGCGGAUCCCGGGCGGAUCCCGGGCAGAUCCCGCGGAUCCCCGCGGAUGCCCUGGCUGCCCGCAGGCGCUGGUGCGAGCGGACGGUGCCGGUGCUGGAGCAGGAGGAGCCCCCGGCCGCGUGCCAGGCCUGGGCCGGGACGCGCUUCCGCACCUUCGACGGGCGGCACUUCGGCUUCGCCGGGAGCUGCCGGUACCGCCUGGCCGCCGCCACCGACGGCACCUGGGGCGUCACCGUCGCGCCCGGUGCCUCCCCUCUGCCACAGGAGCUGCACAUGAGCUUCGGGACGGACACGGUGGUGGCCGAGGGACGGAACGUGUCGGUGAACGGCGCGGCGGUGCCGGAGGGACGCCCCUACCUGCACAAAGGGCUCGGGGUCACCUGGCCGGGUGACUGGGUGGCCGUGGCCAGCAGCCUGGGCGUGCGGGUGGCCUGGGACGGGCACCUGGCGGUGACGGUGACGGCGGAGCCCGAACUGCGCGGUGCCACCUGGGGGCUCUGCGGCACCUACACCGACGACCCUGCGGACGACUUCGUGCUCCCCGACGGGGACAUCGCCGCCGUCGCCGCCGCCUUCGGCAACGCCUGGAAGGUGCCGGCGGCUGGCACAGAGGUACCUGAGGGGCCGGGGUGGCACCUCGUGCCCGUCUGGGGGUCCCCGGGGGUCGCCCCCGCGCUGAGGGACCCCCGCCUCAGCCCCCGUGCAGGGACGUGCCGGAGGCUGGCACCAGGUGUGGCCCGGCUGAGCUGGCACCGGCGGUGGCCACGUGACUUGGUGGCGGGGCGCCUGCUGAUCACAGCCGAGCAGGAGCCGUGUGACAGUCACGGGCCCCACGGCUGUCCCCGCAGCCUCACUGUCACCACCAACCGCACCACGGCCCGGCUCCACGGCACAGGGGAGGUGACAGUGGCCGGGCGGGAGGUGACGCUGCCCUUCUCCGGGGCCGAGCUGAGCAUCCGCCGCGCGUCCUCGACCUUCCUGCACCUGCAGCUGCCCGACGCCCACCUGCUCUGGGGCCUGGGGACCCCCGACACCUUCAUCACCCUCCAGCCCGCCAUGGCCGGCACGGACGGGCGCUGCGUGCCCCCGGCCGAGUGUCCCUGUCACCACGGCGGGCAGCUGUACCCGCCCAACGCCACCAUCGCCCGCGACUGCAACACCUGCGUGUGCCGGGGACAGCGGUGGCACUGCGGGCGCGAGGAGUGCGCGGGGACCUGCGUGGCCACGGGGGACCCCCACUAUGUCACCUUCGACGGCCGCGCCUUCACCUUCGCGGGGGACUGCGAGUACCUGCUGGCCCGCGAGGCCACCGGGCUCUUCGCUGUCACCGCCGAGAACGUCCCCUGCGGUGCCAGCGGCGUCACCUGCACCAAGUCCGUGGUGGUGGCCAUGGGCAACACCGUGGUGCACAUGCUGCGGGGGCGAGAGGUGACAGUGAACGGGGUGGCCGUGCGACCCCCCAAGGUGUUCGGGGGGUCGGGGCUGGCGCUGCAGCGCGCGGGGCUCUUCCUGCUGCUCCUGACCCACGGGCUGUGCGUGGAGCCCCCCGCCUGCCCCUGCUUUUGGGACGGCUUCGCCUUCCCGGCCGGCGCCACCGUGACCCAGGGCUGCAGCAACUGCACGUGCCUCGAGGGGCGCUGGCAGUGCCCCCCGAGCCCGUCCCCGUGUCCCGCCGCCCCCGGCUGCGCCCCGUGGGAGUUCCGGUGCCGGGCCGGGGGUCUCUGCGUGCCCGGGGCCUGGCUCUGCGACAACGAGGACGACUGCGGGGACGGCUCGGACGAGCUGUGCGACCCCCCCUGCGCCCCCCAGCAGCCGCGCUGCCCCGGCGGGCGCUGCCUGCCCUGGGGGGCGCGCUGCGACGGCGUCACCCACUGCCCCGACGGCUGGGACGAGGCGGGGUGCCCGGGCCCGGCCUGCGCGCCCCCCGACUUCUCCUGUGCCGGGGGGCGCUGCCUGCCCCCCGCGCGCGUCUGCGACGGGCGCCUCGAUUGUCCCCCCGGGGACGACUCGGACGAGGCGGGCUGCGCCCCCCGGUGCGGGCCGGGGCAGUUCAGGUGCGGGGGGGGCAGGUGUGUCCCCUACGGCCACCGCUGCGACGGCCGCGACGACUGCGGGGACGGGAGCGACGAGAGCGGCUGCGCCUGCCCCGAGGGGCACCUGCCGUGCCCCGGCGGCGGCUGCCAGCCCCCCGCCGCGCUCUGCGACGGCCGCCGCCACUGCCCCGACGGCGCCGACGAGGCCAACUGCCCCGCGCGGGCCACCUGCGCCCCCGGGACCGUGCCCUGCCCCGACGGCUCCUGCGUGCCCGAGGCCGCCGUGUGCGACGGCGCCCGCGACUGCGCGGUCACCGGCAGCUCCAUCGGCGCUGUCGCGAGCACUGUCACUGUCAGUGACACUGACGCUGUCGCCGACACCGUCCUCGACACCGCUACUGUCACCGUCCCCGUCACCGACACUGUCCCCAUCCCCGACACCAUCCCCGCCACCGACACCGUCCCCGACACCGAAAUCGUCCCCGCCACCGACACCGUCCCCGACACCGCUACUGUCACUGUCCCCGACACCGUCCCCGACACCGACACCGUCCCCGACACCGACACCGUCCCCGACACCGAAAUCGUCCCCGUCACCGCCACCGCCACCGUUACUGUCACUGUCCCCGACACCGUCUCUGACACCGACACCGUCCCCGACACCUUUACUGUCACUGUCCCCGACACCGACACCGUCCCCGACACCGUCCCCGACACCGUUACUGUCACUGUCCCCGACACCGUCCCCGUCACCGCCGACGGCCCGGCCGCGCCCUGCCCGCCCCGGUCCCUGCGCUGCCGCAGCGGCGGCUGCGUCCCGCGGGGGUGGCGCUGCGAUGGCGACAGCGACUGUCCCGACGGCAGCGACGAGGGAGGCUGCGCCCCCCCGUGCGCCCCCGGCCACCUGCCCUGCGCCCCCCCGUGCGCCCCCGGCCACCUGCCCUGCGCCCCCGCCUGCGUGCCCCCUCCCCGCCUCUGCGACGGCGUCCCCGACUGUCGCGACGGCGCCGACGAGAGCCCCCAGCUCUGCGAGCCCCCCGGCCCCGGCAGCAGCCCGCGGGGUCCCUGCGCAGAGUUCGACUGCGGGGACGGGGAGUGUGUCACCUUCCAUCAGGUGUGUGACGGGCUGCGGGACUGCGCCUCGGCGGGGGACGAGCGGGGCUGCGGCCUCUGGGGGCCCUGGGGGCCCUGGGGGUCCUGCAGCCGCCCCUGCGGGCCCGGGGGGCAGCGCCGCGCCCGGGGAUGUCACCAGCGCCAGCCCGGCCUGCUGCGGGGCUGCCGGGGGCCGCGCCAGCAGGAGAGACCCUGCUUCCACCGGGCCUGCCCCGGCGCCCUUAACUCGCCCCCCGCAGUGGACGGCGCGUGGGGCCCGUGGGGACCCUGGUCCGACUGCCCGGGGGGCUGCGGGGGGCUCCGGCUGCGCAGGAGGGGGUGCCAGCCCCCCCAGAACGGCGGCCGCGCCUGCGAGGAGCUGCGCGGGGGGAGCCCCGGAGCCCUGGAGAUGGCCCCCUGUGCCCCGGGGGGCUGCCCCAACGCCUCGGAGUGCGCGGAGGGGCUGCGCCCCCUCCCCUGCGCCCCCUGCCCCGCCUCCUGCGCCGACCUGGCGGCCGCCGUGCCCUGCCCGCGACCCCCGCCCUGCCGCCCAGGGUGCUGGUGCCCGGCGGGGCAGGUGCUGGACGCCCCCGAGGCGGGCGCGGGGCCGGCGCGGUGCGUGCGGCCGCCGCAGUGCCCGUGCGGGGCCGGGGGCCGCCGGUACCCGCCGGGCGCCCCGGUGCCGCUCGGUUGCCGCCUCUGCUCGUGCCUCGAGGGGCGGCUGCGGCACUGCCGCCCCCACGCCGGCUGCUCAGUGGACUGCGGGUGGUCGUCGUGGUCGCCGUGGGGCUCGUGCGCGGGCGGCUGCGGGACCCCCGGCGUGCAGUGGUCCUUCCGCAGCCCCUCCGACCCGGCGCGGCGCGGCGCGGGGCGGCCCUGCCGCGGCAUCUACCGCAAGGCCCGGCGGUGCCGCGCGGCGCCGUGCCGCCGCUGCCGGGAGCGCGGCCGCUGGCGCGGGGCCGGCGAGCGCUGGCGCGGGGGCCCGUGCCGGGUGUGCCAGUGCCUGCCCGGUGGCACCGUCCGCUGCGUCCCCUACUGUCCCCCGCGCCGCCCCGGCUGUCCCCGGGGCCGGGGGCUGCGGGAAGGUGACGGCGGCUCCUGCUGCGCCUGCGGCCCCGCGGGCUGCCGGUGCCGGCCCGGGCUGGUCCUGCAGGGGAGCGGCUGCAUCGAGCCCGGGUACCCCAAAACCCCACCGUACCCCAACCCCAUAACCCCGACACCUCUGAACCCCGAAUCCCACCCGUACCGUGAAACCUGCUGCACCCCAAACCCAUCGGUCUCCCACCAACCCCGCGGUCGCGGAGGGCGGCGCCCCCUGCACCGGGACCCCCCGAGAGGUCCGGGGCUGUGCCGAACUCUGCGGACCCGGUACGUGCCAGGACCCCCCGAGCCCCCGGGCCCGGAGCUGGGACCCCCGAGUGCCACCGGGACCCGCGAGCCUCGCGUCCCUCUGUCCCCAGAGCCCGGCAGCGCGGGGCCGCCCGGGGCCACCGAGGAGCCCCCGCCCCCGGGGUCCCCGCGGCCGCCGGGGGGCACGGAGACCCCCGAGCCCCCGGGGGUGCCGGUGUCACCGUGGGGCUCGGAGCUCCCGUGGGUGCCGGUGUCACCGCGGGGCUCGGAGCCCGCCCGGGGCCGGUGGUCGCCGUGGGGGCCCUGGGGCGGCUGCAGCGCUCCGUGCGGGGGGGGCGAGCGCUGGCGCCGCCGGGGCUGCGGGACCCCCCCGUGCCCGGGCCCGGCCCUGCAGAGCCAGAGCUGCCACAGCCACGCGUGCCGCGACGCCGGCUGCCCCCCGGGCCGCACCUUCCGGGAGUGCGGGGGGGACUCGGGGUGCCCCCGGAGCUGCGCCCACCUGGGGGGCGCCGUGGGGUGCGCGGGGGGGUGCCAGGAGGGGUGCCAGUGUCCCCCCGGCACCCUCCUGCACCGCCGCGCCUGCCUGCAGCGGAGCCCGGCCCUACAGCGGAACCCGGCCCCACAGCAGAACCCGGCCCUAUAUGGGAACCCGGCCCCACAGCAGAACCCGGCCCUACAGCGGAACCCGGCCCCACAGCGGAACCCGGCCCCAUAUGGGAACCUAGUCCUAUAUCGGAGCCUGGCCCCAGAGCAGAACCCGGCCCUAUAUGGGAACCCAGCCCCACAGCAGAACCUGGCCCUACAGCAGAACCCGGACCCAUAUGGGAACCCGGCCCCAUAUGGGAACCCGGCCCCACAGCGGAACCCGGCCCUAUAUCGGAACCCGGCCCCACAGCGGAACCCGGCCCCAUAUGGGAACCCGGCCCUACAGCAGAACCCGGACCCAUAUGGGAACCCGGCCCCAUAUGGGAACCCGGCCCCACAGCGGAACCCGGCCCUAUAUGGGAACCCGGCCCCACAGCGGAACCCGGCCCCAUAUGGGAGCCCGGCCCCACAGCGGAGCCCAGCCCUAUAUGGGAACCCGGCCCCAUAUGGGAACCUGGCCCUACAGUGGAACCCGGCCCCAUAUGGGAACCUAGUCCUAUAUCGGAGCCUGGCCCCAGAGCAGAACCCGGCCCCAUAUGGGAACCCGGCCCUACAGCGGAACCCGGCCCUAUAUCGGAACCCGGCCCCACAGCGGAGCCCGGCCCCAUAUGGGAGCCCGGCCCCACAGCAGAACCCGGCUCCACAGCAGAACCCGGCCCUAUAUGGGAACCCGGCCCUAUAUGGGAACCCGGCCCUACAGCAGAACCCGGACCCACAGUGGAACCCGGCCCUAUAUGGGAACCCGGCCCCAUAUGGGAACCCGGCCCUACAGCAGAACCCGGCCCCACAGCAGAACCCGGCCCUAUAUGGGAACCCGGCCCCGCAGUGGAACCCGGCCCCAUAUGGGAACCCGGCCCUACAGUGGAACCCGGCCCUAUAUGGGAACCCGGCCCCAUAUGGGAACCCGCUUUCCGGGGGUCACCGCUGUCCCCCCGCAGUUCACGGCGCGUGGUCCCCGUGGGGUCCCUGGUCGCGCUGCGACGUCUCGUGCGGGGGGGGCCGCUCCGUGCGCAGCCGCUCCUGCUCCCGGCCCCCCCCAAAAAACGGGGGCAGCCCCUGCCCCGGGCCGGGGCACGAGCUGCGGGUCUGCAACCCCCGGCCCUGCGGCCCGCGGUGCCCGCCCGGGCAGACGGUGUCCCCGUGUGCCAGCCGGUGCCCGCGGAGCUGCCGGGACCUGCAGGAGGGGGUGUCCUGCGCGGGGGGCGCGCCCUGCGAGCCCGGCUGCCGCUGCCCGCCCGGGACCCUGGAGCAGGACGGGGGCUGCGUGCCCCCCGCGCUCUGCGGGUGCCUGGACGCGCGGGGGCACCUCUGGGUGCCGGGGGGCGGCGGCCACCCCCGCGGCUGCCGGAACUGCACCUGCGCGGGGGGGCGGCUGCGCUGCGUCCCGGGGGGCUGCCCCCCCACCGGGACCCCCCCCGGGACCCCCCCCGGGACCCCGCCCUGCGCCUGGAGCCGCUGGAGCCGCUGGGGACCCUGCAGCGUCACCUGCGGGGGGGGGCGGCAGGAGCGCUACAGGACCCCCAUCCCCGCCGAGGCCGUGGGGGGAGCCUGCGGGGCCCCCCAGGAGCAGGCUCGGCGCUGCGAGGAGACGCCGUGCCCGCCCCUGUGCCCCUGGGCGGGGGGCGAGCGGGCGCUGGGCGAGCGCUGGAGCCCCGGGCCCUGCCGGCAGUGCACCUGCACCCCCGAGGGACCCGAGUGCUGGGACACCCCGUGUGCGGCCGAGCCGUGUGACUGGAGCCCCUGGGGGCCCUGGGGACCCUGCGGAGACCCCUGUGCGGGGGGGUCCCGCCUGCGCCACCGGCACCCCCUGAGCCCCGAGAGCGCCGGGCGGGCGUGCGCGGGGGUCCGCACGCAGAGCGAGAGCUGCGCGUCCAGCGCCUGCCCCGACCCCGGCUGCGGCGGCGGGGGCCGGGCCCGCAGCCCGUGCGCCGGGCGCUGCCCCCGCACCUGCGCGGACACCUGGGCGCCGGUGCUGUGUCUGCAGGGACCCUGCGAGCCAGGGUGCCGCUGCCCCCCCGGGCAGCUGCUGCAGGACGGGCGCUGCGUCCCCGUGAGCCGCUGCCGCUGCGGGACCCCCGGCGGGGACCCCGGGAGCCGCGAGGUGUCCCCGGGGACCCUGACCCGGGUCGGGUGUCACAACUGGUGGGUGACGCCGCGGAGGGGGCACGGCUGGGACACGUGGGGGACACGAUGGCACCCCCGGUGCAGCACCUGCGAGAACGGGACCCUGACGUGCCCAGCGCUGGCGUGUCCCUCGCCGGGCCCGUGGUCCCCCUGGUCCCGCUGCUCCCGCAGCUGCGGCGGCGGCACCCGGCGGCGGCAGCGGCAGUGCCGGGAGGGCCCCGGGGCGGGGCCGCCGUGCCGGGAGAGCCCCGCGGAGGAGACGGCGGCGUGUAACCCCCAGGCGUGCCCCGCGGGAUUCCCGGUGGCCCCGAGCUGCCCCCCGGGCGAGGUUUGGCUGGACCCCGGCCCCGCCUGCGAGCGCAGCUGCCAGGACCUGGCGGAGCCCCCCGGGAUUUGCGGGGGGACCCCCGCGACCCUCGGAACCUCCGCAUCCUCCGCGAGCCCCGCGACCCCCGUAACUCCGGACAGCUCCAGCCCCCCCGGGAUCCCCGCGGCCCCCACGACCCUCGGCACCCCCGCGACCCUCGGGACCCCCUCGCCGCCCCCGCGCUGCGCCUGCGCCCCGGGGCGGUACCGGAACGGCUCCGGGCAGUGCGUGAGCGCGGGGGGCUGCGGCUGCCGGCACCGCGGGGCGCCGCGAGCGGCCGGCAGCGAGUGGCAGGAGCCGUGCGGGACCUGUCGCUGCUCCGAGGGACGCGUCACCUGCGCCACCUCCUGCCCCGCACUCACCUGCCCGGAGGGCGCGGAGCCGGUGCGGGAGCCCGGGAGCUGCUGCCCCGUGUGCCGGGACGAGUGGCCAGAGGAGCCCCCCGGGCCGUGCCGGCUCCUCACGGCGCUGCGGACCAUCGCCAAGGGCGCGUGUGUGCUGCGGGGCGUGCGCGUCUCCUACUGCGCGGGGGCGUGCCGCUCCCGCACCGCCGUCAGCGCGCAGGAGCCCUACGUGCGGUCGCUGUGCGAGUGCUGCAGUUACCGGCUGGACCCCGCGCGGCCCGUGCGGGCCCUGCUGCUGCCGUGCCCCCGCGGCCGCGCCCGGCCCGCGCUGCUGCCCCGCAUCGCCGAGUGCCGCUGCGAGCGCUGCCGCGGCGGCGACUUCAGCCGGCGCUGAGGAGAGCCCCGGACAACGCCCCUCCCCCCGCGCGGCAUCGAUCCGCAUCGAUCCCAAUAAACGGAGUGAUCCAUGGAG